AUGGCGAAGAAACCCGAUCCAAAUCAGAUCGUUUACGUAUACCUACGUCAGCUCGGUGGUGAGGUAGCACCCUCGUCCGUCCUGGCCCCAAAGCUUGGUCCCCUGGGUAUGUCACCGAAGAAGGUUGGAGACGAUAUCGCCAAGGAGACGUCCAACUGGAAGGGCAUUAAGGUCACCGUUAAGCUUACCAUCCAAAACAGACAGGCCAAGAUCGAGGUUAAGCCCUCUGCAACCGCACUUCUCAUCAAAGAACUAAAGGAACCACCAAGAGAUCGUAAAAAAGUGAAAAAUAUUAAACAUAGUGGAAACCUAACAUGGGACCAGCUUAUGACCGUUGCGCGUGCCAUGCGUGAGAACUCCAUGGCGAAGACGUUGUCUGGCACUGUCAAGGAGAUCCUUGGCACAUGCUUUGCCAUUGGAUGCACUAUUGACAAUGAGAAACCACGUGUUCUCCAAGAAAAGAUCGACAGCGGCGAGAUUGAAAUCCCGGCGCAGUAA